GUGUGUGUGAUCUGAGUUAUGGCUACAACCUCAUGCAGCAUUAUUUGUCUAACUUUUAACUCUAACUUGUGUCUUUUCUCUCCCAGUUCGGACACCCAAAGGCUUCUCAGCCCACUCCAAGGUCCUGACGGAGAGAAAAAGAGAGAGAAUGGUGAGGUGGUGACUUCAUCCUCUCUUGAACCAACCCUCUGCACUCCCCCUCCUUCUCAGAGCAUUUUUUUUAAGCCAAAGCAGAAAGUCUUUCAGGCAGCAUGCCAGCAUUUUUCAUCCUGCUGCGGUCCCUGGUUAUCAGGCUCCUCAGUAGCAGUGUGGUUGGCUCACUGGUCCAGUUCCUCAGGAGAAGCCUUUCUUCAGCCGUCGCACACCUCGGCACAGCUCUGCGCCACGUGUGGGAACGUGUCAGCUCCCAGGAGUCCAAGGACGCCGUCCUCGGCUGUGUGCUAUGCAUUCUCAACAUGCACAAGAAGGUGGAGAACUGA